AAAAGGUCAGUUUCCGUGUACCACGCGCACUCGUCUGAAAGACUCGUCUUCUUCACUUCUCUCUGGACUUUAAUCCGGUUGCUCUUCGUCUCCUGGACUCUGGUUGAAGGUUUACAGUCCUCCACCGGAGCCUCUGGGUGACGGAGGAGAAGAUGAUCAGCAUCCCCGGUAACUCCAGGUUCAGGUCCCGCUUCAUCACCACGACCAGCUCCACCUGCGAUCUUCCCCAUGAUGAGGAUUUAGUGAGACAGUCUCUGUCUCCUCUCACAGGGAGAAGAUGAUCUGCUGGAUCCUGCUGCUCAUCAAACUGACCUCCUGUGUCUGUGCAGGAACAUUUGUAGUGAAUGUGACACAGACCUCCUAUCAGGCAGAGGAGAACCACAACAUCACACUGGAGUGGACCUUCACCACUCACAAUUCAUCUAACUUCAUUUUUAUCUUCUGUCGACUGUUAACUGAUCAGAAUACCUCAAAAGUCCUGUAUGAACUACAUGAUGAUGUUGAGGUCUCAAAGUCUCAGGAUGAAGAGUUUUCAGGACGAGUCCAGUUUGACAAAGAUGUCCUCAGAGAAGGACGAAUCAGACUUCAUGUGUCCAGACUCAGGGCUGAGGACUCAGGUCAAUAUCAGUGUGGAGUUAUCACAAAUUAUGGUGAUAGCUCUGGUGAAUGUCGACUUAAUGUCACUGCAGCUGUUGAUGAGUCCACACCUCAGAGACCAACUGUGAGUCCUGAACCAGAGAGUCAGGGAUGGGUCAUCCUCUAUGUUGGACUGGCCAUGGCACUGACAGCAGCAGCAGCUCUAGUGGUCAAACGCCGCUGCUUCAAGUCUUUGUCUCACUAAAUCUGCUGAUAAGACAGUAAACGUCUGUUCAACAGACCUGUUGGUCCACGAGGCUGCUUUUCCUGCAGUCUGACCUCUGACCUUUUCACCUCUGUCACUGUCUUCCUGCACUAAGAGACACAAACAGAGAGAGAGGACCAACACCUGAUCAGAAGACCUUCAUCUGACUGAGGACCUCACCUCCCUGAACACCAAAGAUUCAUCUGUUUAACUGAGAGACGACCGAGCUUCAUGCUGCCUCCAUGAUGAAGUCCUGUUUGAGCUGAAGACUAUUCAGAGACAACACACAUGAACUGUCCCUGUAUCACUGUGUCCUCCACAAACAUUUUGUCAAAAAUGUAUUAACAUUUCCUGUAGCUAGGUCUUAACAUCUCAUCUAGUCAGGUCUUGUUAGGUUUUGUCCUUCAAACACAGUCUUUGCAGAAGUAACCAUCUUCACCACAGAUGCCAUUAUUCUCUGCACAGCUCUCAUGGUACCAUGAGUUGACACCCAGUAUUCUGUGGCCUGUGGGUCAUUCAAAGGUGGUUAAGUUUUUUUAAGUUUAUUUCAAAGUACCUGUCAAAACAUUGUUCAUAAACAUUUCACUUUUCACCCUUAUUAUUGAGAGUUAAAUUUACUAUGUCAUGCUCACCUACCAUAUAGUUUCUCUGUCCCACCAACCUCAACAAACUCAGACCAAUCAAAACUAUCCUCACAUCUUAACUAGUGUUGUAGCAACAGCACAAGAUAAGUGAAAUUUUAAAGAGCUCUGACGUUCCAACCUUUUCUGAUCCAUUUUAUCUGAUGGCCGAUUUUAACUGACUCCACCCUACUGUACAUACUCAAGUCAACGCAUCAACAUGUCUGGAUCUCAUAACUUUUCUUUUCAAACCAUGUUAAUUAAAUACUAUUUUUAGAACA